AUGGCGACGACGCUCCCGCGGCCAGCAAGGCCGUCCAAUGGCCCGCCGACUAUGGGCCUGCCCGCUCUCCCCGUCGCCAAGACGAGAAAAAGCACUGGAGGCAUACCUACGACCACCUUCAAAUCCAGCCCGGCCACCCCGAACUCCAAGAGCGGCCUCAGGGCACCUUCCAGCAGUUUUCUCCCUCCCACAUCUCCUGCACCUACUUCGGCACUUCCGCAGCCACAUACGGCUUCUGCCAUGAGCAAUUCUUCAGCUCGGACAUUGCGCAAGACAGUGAGCAUCAACUCGUUCCCCCAGCCGCCCCGGGGCGACAACCGCAUCAGCAGCCUACCCCCUAGUCCACUUGGUACUGACUCCCCACGGAACUCAACACGCAAAUCGAAGGGCUCUCUAGCAUCCACGUACUCGCAGAGCAAUGGCGCGCCGAGUCUGCUCAACAACAACGCCGAGGGCAAGUCGAUAUCGAGCGCCAGCGUCCGCAUGUCAGACGGUCUUAUCAGUAUCUCUUCGCCGCCGCAGAGCAGGAGCUCAUCGGCACAAGACUCCUACUCAACUUCCGCGACGACGUAUGAUGACCCUGUCGACACCACUGAUAAGAGGUCCUCCAAGCUAGACGGCAAGGGAAACGUUCUCGUUAGCGUGAGAGUGCGACCGGAUGCGGGCGGAAAUGAAAACACAAAGGCCGAGUGCGAAUGGAUGGUCGACGGGCGCAAGUCUCUUGUUGCGUACAGAGGAAAAGAAGGCGGUGACUAUAUCUAUGAUAAUGUUUUUACCACGCACGACGACAACAGCCGAGUCUACGACUGCAUAGCAAAACGGUUAGUCCGUCGUGUAAUGGAGGGUUACCACGGAACCGUUUUUGCCUACGGCAUGACUGGUACUGGGAAGACGUUCUCGAUGCAGGGAACGGCUUCUUCGCCAGGUGUCAUCCCUCUCGCCAUCACCGACAUCUUUUCCUACAUCAGGGAAACACCGUCUCGCGAAUUCUUACUCCGUGUCAGCUACCUGGAAAUAUACAACGAGAGAAUCCACGAUUUACUGAGCAUGUCAACCGGUACCGGGGCUGGUGGGCAGGAAGAAAUCAAGUUGCGCGAAGACAGCAAGCGGGGUGUAUACGCCAGCCCGUUGAAGGAAGAAAUUGUGCAAAGUCCAACCCAGCUUCUGAGAGUAAUUGCCCGAGGCGACCAAGCGCGCAGAACAGCAAGCACGCAAUUCAAUGCGAGGAGCUCUCGAAGUCACGCAGUGGUCCAAAUCGUGGUAGAGAGCCGAGAGCGGAUACCAGGAAACAUCGGCACUGGCGAAAGUAAACGAUCAGGAAUGUUGCCCGGCGGUGUGCGCGUAUCGACGCUGAGCUUAAUCGAUCUCGCUGGAUCAGAGAAGGCGGCCGAGUCCAAGGAGCGACGGACAGAGGGCUCGCACAUCAAUAAGAGUUUGCUCACUUUGGGCACGGUCAUCUCCAAACUCUCCGAGCACAAGGACAAGGACGGAAAGGCCGCCGACAAAGAUGGGAAGCAUCUGCCAUACCGAGACAGCAAGCUAACCAGGCUCUUACAAGGAGCUCUGUCGGGUGGUUCACUCGUGAGCAUUUUGUGCACCAUUCAGAUUGGCGCGGCCGGUAGCGCUGCUUCUUCAAAUUCUCACACGUCCGAAACGAUCAACACUCUCAAGUUCGCGUCCCGAGCCAAGAACAACAUUGUCAGCCACGCCAAAAGGUCGGAGGAGGCUCUCGGAAGUGGUGGGGAUGGUGGCGCCAGAGUCCUCCUGGAGAGGUACCGCAUGGAGAUUCUGGAGCUGAGACAGCAACUCGAUAUGCAGGCCAAGGAAAAAAACUCCAACCAUGCCGACCCAGAAAGAGAACGAGAUGCCCUCGAGGAAAAGGCUCGCGAACUAGAGGCCGAGCACCGGCACGAGGAGCAGAUGCUUGAGAUGCAGCUAGCCCGAACAGCGCUCAAGGAACGCAUUGAUCACCUUAACCGUCUGAUCUUGAGUUCCAAAUCAAUUGGCGUCAACGCCAGCGGAUCCUACAGUGCUCUCGGUAUACACUCUCGAUCUCCAAUGGCUUCGGUAAGAUCGUCUUUGGCUACUUCGACUAGCGGUAGACCAAUUCUCGAGAGAACCGCAUCCAUGACAUCGGCUUCCUCAACCAUUGGCCGUCGGUCAAGCGGUCGGUCCAGCAGAGGCCUGCGCCGAUCCAGUGCAGACGGUGGCUUGGUGAUGGACGAGGACAGCAUCGGCGAAUUCGGAGACGGCAACGCUUCAUUGGCGGCCCAGAACCGCGCGUUGCAGGCCGACUUGGCAGACAAGACGAGAUACAUCCAGACCCUGGAGAAGCGACUGAUGCAAGCACGGAGAGCUAGCUCUUCGAGAACCUCCAUCGGCUUCUCUGUUCCAAACAAGGCCAUCAUGGUUGGAGAAGACCACAGUGUGUCGACGCUAUUGAGGGAAAAGGAUGCCGAGAUUGCCGAACUGAAGGCACGAUUGGACGACAAGGAUCGCAUGUUGGGUGCGUUGCGGUCUGCAGCUCGAUCUCGAGACAUAGCCGAGGGACAUUUUGACGGCAGGACGUCUUCUCUGUACGAACAUAGUCCCCCGCCAACGGUCAGCCCGCCGCCAGCACCAUCAGCAGCCUCGGCCAAACCUCGCACUCGCACCAAAAGUGUUGACGAGAUGAGCAAGAUUCUGGACGAGAUGAUCCAAGACCAUGUCGACACUGGCCAUCUGGUCAAGGGAGCCAGAGGAAGCAUCCGUGUAGCCAACGACCGCAAGCUCGAAGCUCACCAGGAGCUACCGAUUGGACUCGAGCCUCUCAAGAAAACGACAUCGUUCGAAGAGGCCAACGGUGUGUCCAUGGUGGGCGUGUAG